AAACUCUAUGUCUUUGAGUCAAAAAAUUUUAAACGUCAUUCGAAUAUUGACUUUCAAGAGUUGUACCGUGUUCGGUGUGAGGGUUCUAUCUAGAGCUGUUCAAUUAUUGAACUGUGGUUUCAAGAAUUUUACUUGCCUUGUGCAUCGUUGAACUAUUCAGUUGUGUUUCACAAAUUACAUUAGCAUUGAUUUUUGAAUAAUAGAGGAGUGCUAUUAGUGGUUUUAUAUAAAGAUGGUGAAAGAAACACCCUACUACGACAUCCUGGGUGUGAAACCCAACUGCACAAAUGAUGAACUGAAGAAAGCAUAUCGAAAGCUUGCCUUAAAAUACCAUCCAGACAAGAACCCAAAUGAGGGUGAGAGGUUUAAACAGAUCUCACAGGCGUAUGAAGUACUUUCGAAUCCAGACAAAAGAAGAAUCUAUGACCAAGCUGGUGAGCAAGGUAUAAAAGAAGGCGGAGCUGGAGGUGGUGGCUUCUCAUCACCCAUGGACUUGUUUGACAUGUUCUUUGGUGGUGGCUUCAGUGGUGGGCGGCGUCGAGGGCGUGAGAGGAAGGGCAAGGAUGUCAUACAUCAGUUGUCUGUCACCCUUGAGGAGUUGUACAAAGGUGCUGUGCGGAAGUUGGCUCUGCAAAAAAAUGUCAUCUGUGAGAAAUGUGAAGGCAGAGGUGGGAAAAAGGGUGCAGUACAAGUGUGCCCCACUUGUCGUGGUACAGGAAUGCAGGUGCAAAUCCAGCAGCUGGGUCCUGGCAUGAUCCAACAGAUCCAAACAGUGUGCAGUGAGUGCAGAGGACAACGGGAAAUUAUCGACCCGAAGGAUCGCUGCAAAGUUUGCCAAGGACGUAAAACGGUGCGCGAUCGCAAGAUUCUCGAAGUACAUGUCGACAAAGGAAUGAAAGACGGCCAGAAAAUUGUUUUCAGCGGCGAAGGUGACCAAGAGCCGGGAUUGGAGGCCGGAGAUCUUAUUAUCGUUUUAGACGAGAAAGAGCAUGCGGUAUUUAAAAGAACUGGCAACGACCUCAUAAUAAGGAUUAACAUUGAACUGGUGGAAUCACUGUGCGGCUUCCAGAAAGUCAUCAGAACAUUAGAUGACAGGGAUGUUGUAAUAACCGUGUUGCCAGGAGAGGUCACUAAGCAUGGUGAAGUCAAGUGUGUCUUGAAUGAAGGAAUGCCAAUGUACAAGAAUCCAUUUGAGAAAGGCCAGCUCAUAAUACAAUUCUUAGUCAAUUUCCCCAACGCCAUUCCACCUGAAGUAAUGCCUGCGUUGGAGAAUUGCCUGCCUCCUCGACCAGUGGUGGAGAUCCCUGAGCUGGCAGAGGAAUGCCAGCUUAUCGAUCUGGACCCGGAGCAGGAGACGCGACGACGUCGUCAGCACGUGGCCAACGCCUACGACGAAGACGACGAGAAUUCCGGUGUCAACCGCGUGCAGUGCGCCACUGGCUAAUUGCACCCAUCACCCAUACUUAAACUCACCCACCCGUGCGAGCCUCAACAACUAAUACAUACAAGCCCAAGUGCUCAGGACGGCUAGACUUAGCUUUAUAGCUUUAUAAAAGCUGAAAGUUUCUCUGUGUGGAAUACCAGUGACUAUGGAAUUUGGAUUGUGGUUACUUAUGCAGGUUCAUUCUUUAACGAAUUUAUGGUACUACUUUAUACACCUUUUCUACCUGACACCUGUACACGUAACCACAAUCCAACUCUAUACUCGCUGGUCGUUCUUAACUGUGUUAGAGACAUACAAGGAUAAACAUCGCAGCUGAUAUAAGUUCUAGCCGUCGUGUGCUCUAGCUCUAUGUGUUGGACUACUCGUGCAACUCUUGUAACCCGAUCCCGACUACCCUCCUCGCCCAAAACUACUUUCUGAAGUAAGCUGUAACAUGAAUGUUGUAGUAGUUAUUUUUGCUUGGCAUCAUAUUUUUAGUGAAAUUCGGGUAAAGCUGUUUUAAGGGUUCUAAGUGGAAGGAGUUUAUUGAAAGUUGGAGCAGUAUUUACAACAGUGCAAUACACUAACUAUUACUAUUUAAUAAUAGUAAAAUUAUUUACAUCUAAAAGUUUGAUAUCAAGUAUGUCUAUCUUGUACACCGUUUCUACGCAAGCAUGAGCUGAAAAUAGGUUUUUUAUGACUACUGUACCAGAAUUGUUUCACUAUAAAAUCACUCAUAUACAUAAUUAAUGUUGGAAAAGAGCAACUGGUGAGUUUCUUGCUGGCAUCUACUCAAAUCUACAGAUUGACUUGACAAUCCCAAGUGACUAUAAAAUAGGCCUACUACCUAAUUUUCAGUUAGUCCUGUGUCGAUAACUCAGUGACACCAAGUGUUAGUAUAGUUUUAGUAUUACGUUCUCAACAAAAUAAUAUAAUUUCUCUUGCUGCCAAUUUGGCAAGCAAAAGCAAGCGUGGUCAGUGCAUUGGUGCCCAUAGUAUACUAUUUUAGUGUAUUAUGACCCCUUCCAUAUUGUGUUUAGUUUGCCUGACACUAUUGCAGACAAAGUAAAAAUAAAGUAAACUUAAACUUAUCACCUUGCUAUUAAUGUACCUAACUAUCUCAUUAACAGUGAUGGCCAAGAAAACUUUCUUUACACCUAAGUCAAGACUUCUUAUAAUGGGGUAACUAAGCCGGUGGUAUGACAGUCUUCAUGUGAUAAACGUUUUCCUGGGAUCAAUAUUUUUAGAGAAUUAAACUUUACAAGGUUGUCUUAAAAAAUGUGGUGACUACUAUAAUAUAAUACUCAGCACAAAAUUAUACUCGGAAGGGUUUGGUUGGGAGUAACAGAUCCAACUGUCUUGCGUUUAUUACAUCUCAGCCACUCAUUUGAUAUCUUCUGUCAGUCUAUUUGGGGAUCUGCCAUGGUGGGUUUUGCUGGUUCGAUAACUGGUUCUUCUGUAGAUCUCCAUAAUAAUUCAUAAUUAUUUCUCUAAAUUGGUUGCCUGGUAACUCCUUUCCAAAUGAAAUCUUUAUAAGUACUUACCUUUUCUGGGUAUUGUAUCAUAAUGUACACUCGUGAAAAAGACGAGUUACUUUGAAAUGCUUGCGCGGAAAGCAUUAUUCUUUCUUUCCUUGCUUUUGUCUACUCUGAACGUGCUUGCGUCAUGAACAUGUUAUAUGACGAAAACUUAACAAAUGGUAUGAUGUGAUCUGAUGGCUGUAUUUACUUUAAAAAAUUACAAUAUCUAUCAAAUUUUAAUGCAACGAUGAAGUCUAAAGAAUUCAUGGGUAAAAAUACAUAACCUUAUUUUGAAUGUAAUAUUACAGAAAUACAGUUCAAUCAAUUAUUGUGGUAUCAAAAAAAUACAACAAAAAAACAGGUUUAUAUUUUUAAUUUUAUGUCGAAUGCAAGAAACUUGCACAAUAUGUCUUAUUUACAACAUACUUACUGGAACAAUUUACUUAAGAGACUGCCUACGCUGGUAUAAAUAACCAAAUACAUAUAUUCGUUUACAACCGAAUAUUGAAAGCAGCUUGCAUUUCAAAACGUAAGUAUCCCUUUAUAACUUUUUGAUAUGCAAGCUUGAGGUAAGAGAGUUCAAGUUGCCUUCGUUUAGUAAUUGUAAGGCAAAUUAAGUAGGUAGUGUACAGCUCAUCAGCUGACCACAUUAUCAAAAUAUUCAUAAACAUCCAAGUUAGAUUGUUGACACGAAUAUGUUAAUGUAUUUUAGAGUUAACAGGUUGGUAUAAAAAAUAUUCUUAAUCCCCAAUAAUUAAUAACUACACUGUACUUUAAAAUAAAUGUCUUCAUUCUUAAACUAACUGUUCACAAUAUACCUUAAAUUAUCCUUAGGAAAGCUAUUCUUUAUAUGUAUAAGAAGAUACCACAAUCAACCAAUUACUUUCAGUUCGGCCGUUGAAAAAAUGAAUUACUGAAAGAUUAUCAAAUUGACGAUGUAACUUUGUUUUGGCGUUGAAUUUACGUUAGAAACAUUUUUAUUUUCUAUAAAAAACGCAUGUUUGUUAUUUAAAAACAAAUUAUAACACAAAUUGUCUUUCAAAUAUAGAAACAAUAUUUUUUAAAUUCAUAUUGUAGCGGCCGGACUAUAAUUUAAUUUAAGGUUGUAUACGGUACAUCAUGUGUUUAGAAACAUUUAAGUUCUUUAACUGUGAUUAUGACUUAUAAUUUUACUGUAGAGUAUUCAGUGUUAAAUACGCAUGCUAUGAAGUAGCACAAAAGUGUGCUUAUAUCGAGUAGAUGCUACUUGCUUCUUGAAAUGUAUACAUUUUGAGAGCAUUGUGAAAUAACUAAUAACUAGCAUUGUGUAUUAUUAACAAAAAAAUGAUUUUUUUUAUCAGUAUAAGUGUGGUAGUAAUAAUUUGCAAGAUGUUUGUCUUUAAACCUAAAUUGUAGUAAAAUUAUUCCAAGCUAUUUAUUAAUAAGGUUGUCUAUGGUUAUGCAAGAUUCGGUAGAUGCUUACAUUUUGUGGUAAUAUAAUUUGAAUAAUAAACUGUCGUCUCAUAUUUAA